GUUGGUGUUGUCUCAUCCGAGCCGGAGGGUUGGUCUGGUGAUGGCGUCGGGCUCCGUCCAGAAGUCUGAGGAGGAGUGGAGGGCGAUCCUCUCGCCGGAGCAGUUCCGGAUCCUUCGGAUGAAGGGAACUGAAUGCCGAGGCACCGGUCAAUAUGACAAAUUCUUCGAUGAAGGUAUAUACGGAUGUGCCGGAUGUGGAACUCCCCUUUACAAGUCCACUACCAAGUUCAAUUCUGAGUGUGGCUGGCCAGCUUUCUAUGAGGGUCUUCCAGGAGCCAUAAAUCGCUCGCCUGAUCCCGAUGGGAGGAGAACGGAAAUCACUUGUGCAGCUUGUGGUGGGCAUUUGGGCCAUGUGUUCAAAGGAGAGGGGUUCAACACACCUACUGAUGAACGCCACUGUGUCAAUAGCAUUUCACUCAAGUUCACUCUUGCCUCCUGAAACUUUUCUCCAGCUUGAUUAUUUCUGUUGCUUCCUGAGCAAGUAAUAUAGUUGACUCAUAAGUGUUUGUAUCAGAUUUUAAGUUAUCUGAAAUGGUCUGUAUUGGAUUUUAGGUUGCAUUCGGUAGCGGACGAUCUAUCUAAAAUUGCUGGCAAUUAAAUGCUAUAAUUUGGAUUACAGUAUUUGAUA